AUGCCUGGAAAAGUGAAAGUAAAAGUUCUCGCGGGCAGGAACCUGCCCGUGAUGGAUCGAAGUAGUGAUACGACGGAUGCAUUUGUAGAAAUCAAGCUUGGAAACGUUACGUACAAAACUGAUGUUUGCCGAAAAACGCUAAAUCCCCACUGGAACUCGGAAUGGUAUACGUUCGAGGUGGAAGAUGCAGAGCUUCAGGAUGAACCAUUGCAGAUACGGUUAAUGGAUUAUGAUACCUAUACUGCAAACGAUGCCAUCGGCAAAGUAUAUAUUAGUCUCAGUCCAUUAUUGCAUUCUACCAGCAAGUCAAGAACGGGCAAAGGAUCUAUCAUGUCUGGCUGGUUACCGGUUUAUGAUACGAUUCACGGUGUACGGGGAGAGAUUCACGUAAUCGUGAAGGUAGAUCUGUUUACAGAUUUUAACAAGUUUCGCCAAAGCUCUUGCGGUGUUUUAUUCUUUCAUUCUUCCAAUAUACCCUAUGGCUACAGCAUUGCCAUGUACCAUGGGUUCGUAGAGGAACUUGUAGUAAACGAUGACCCCGAGUAUCAGUGGAUUGAUAAAAUUCGUACUCCUCGUGCUUCGAAUGAGGCACGCCAACUAGCAUUUAUGAAGCUCUCGGCGCAGGUUCAACGUAAAAUCGGUAUUAAAGCCAUCGAAAUGGGGGCCAAUGCUGUGAUAGGCUAUAUGCAAUGCUAUGAUCUGGAGGGCGAUGUUGGAGUAGUGGCCCGUGGUAUAGGUACUGCUGUUUCGUUGACAAAAAUAAACGAAUCUUUUUCGCAACACAUCGGUGAAGAGAUUCUUGUGGAAGAACAGCAUCUUUCUGAAAGCUCCGAUUUUGGAGACGUUGCUCGGCGACCCCUCGGGAUGGGUGUUGAAGGAAACAAUCAUGCAUCAGGCAAUAGUCCAACGAAACAGGCAACUCCGAUCGCAAAUUCUCUGCUCACUAAGGAGACGAUGUGUGUGCCGAUAUGUAGACGAUCAUCGGAUUCCGAUCUUAGCAUUACACCCAAGGGUAGUUCCUGUCCGCUGGAUAAAAGUAUCGGCAUCAUGCGCAAUGUCGGAGCAAAUAAUGGCAACGCCAAAUCAAUCAUGAUUAUGAACUAUGACAUGCUAGAAAUGCUAGAAUAUCCCUUUUUCACCAUGACCAAAUAUCCUGCCGGAAUUAUUCGUUACAUAGGUGCAACUGUUACGGCGCGUUCGGUGAAAUUACUGGAACGCGUACCGAACCCGAACGAACCGGAAACUCGGGACAGUUGGUGGAAUGAAAUCCGAACGGAGGUUCGUUCCCAUGCGCGAUCAUUAGGAUGCAACGUGAUUCUCGGUUACGUGGAGCAGACGACAAUAGACGAUGAUAUAUGCGUUCUCUCUGCUACUGGAACGGCAGCGGUUAUCAAUCUGCAAUUCGGAAGCGAUAUGUGGAUGGCAGAUGCGUCUCUGAAUGCCUCGGGAGAAGGCGGAGCGGAAGCUAAGGAGCACAUGACUUCCUCGCUCGAUAGGCAUGACUUUGAUCGGGAGUGCAGCCUUUCGAGAGAGCACACACCAAACACGAUCGAGGGAGACACCGUGUACGAUGCAUUACCAGCCAACAAAUGCACCUUGUGUCAUGUGCCGUAUUCCUUGGGAACUGUAAAUUUUCGCAUAAAUGCCGUCAAGUGUUCCAUGUGCAAAAAUGGCAUCGUUCCGGAUGUACUUAUAACGACCAUCGAAAUCCCCGAGGGUAUGGCGGUUUCUGGUCGUGGAGGCCUUGUACAGGCACACACCUGUCGCCCAAAGCGAGACUUGAAGAGCGAAGCAAACGGGAAAGAAAUAUCUGAUGCGCUACCUUUCCUCGAGUAUGAACUGCACAAGUUGCUCGUAAACAAGCUUAAAAUCAAAGGCAUGAACGCUAUCUUUGGGCUGCGGUCGAACAUAACAAUUGGGGAAAAAACGAUCGCAUUGAUUGCAACUGGUACGGCAGUUUAUCUUACGGCGUUACCAAAACCGUCACUACCACAAGUCGUAGAUGGUAGCUCGUUUCCCGAUGGACGGAAAAUUCAGGAACUUCAGCAGCUGGUGCAGAGCAUCGUGGAGCACAACAUACAGGCGUACCAGUUACAGAGUGUUUACGAUUCCGAUGUUGACCAAGUGCAAGCGACUACAACCGGACAGGCGUCUGCAAGAGAUGAACGCGAAACCAAGGAACUGGAUUUAGUGUGUAUGCAAAAGCCGGCAUGUGUGCUGGAGCUGGAUGAUAUAAUCGAUUUGGAUUUGCUAACAUUUGAAAAAGAACCAGAAAUCGCACCCGAUGGUUUUUAUGUAACAAAUUUACAAACUAUGCCCGGGUUUUCAUCGCAAAUGUUGGACAAUGUGCGGCAGUUCCAGAUGUUCACGCAAGUAUGGCGUGCCAAGCUACCAUACAACCAACAGCAAACAAACCGAAAUCUGAACAAGAGAUUUCAGGGGCUACUUAAGCUAAUCUACUACAAGCUACGCUCAAUGCGUCCUUGCGUUUUGUGUGAUCUAAGGUAUAAGCUGGACUUUCCCGAACCAGACGAAAUACAAAUCGUCGUAUCGGGCAUGACACUGGCACUCGGUGAUAGCACAAGCAGACUUAAGCGAAAAUGCAGCACACAAAACCAUCAAACCCCGGGACCCUCACCGUCGGUGCAUGCAGGAUCAUUGAGAGAGCAUUCUGCGACAAUUAGGAGCAGCAAUGAUGACGAACUGAUGUUUUCUUUAGACGAAGAUUCGAUGGAUACUUCUGGACCACCGCCGGCACCUCCAACAACACCAUUACCGGUAUUGGUGAAAUCUCUUAAAACACGUGGCACAAAAUCAAUGACAAAUGUGCAUAGCAAAAUAAAUCGCGCCACAAAAAUGGUACCUUUAAAAGAUGGCUAUGGAGUGGAUAUAACAACGCUCAGUUACGUUCCCGGUGGCAAAAUGGAAAAAUAUCUUGGCAAUUUAAAUUUCUUCUUCAUUCGUGAGUGCACUUCCAUUCGGGAGACGGGAGGAAUCUGCGGUUUCGUGCAUAGCUUCAUCUCGGAGGUGUUGUCUAUAGUCCGUGCGCACGUGACGUCGCUUGGCGGGAAUGCGAUGAUUGCGUUCUAUCUAAACGAUUUGACGCUGUUGGACAAUGUACACAAAAAUCAGGGCCAAUGUUUAAUCAGCGUUGGUGGUGAUGUGGUUUUUGUAUCGUUCCACAAGGAUGAUAAAUAAACGAUGAUGAGACGCAUUUUUCCUAGCCACAACUUAGACGGGGCAUCAUGGACACACUAAUGGACUUCCAGAUUGGUUCUUGAGAGGCGAAUGUGCAAUUGCAAAGCAAAAAUUCGAAAACAAAUAUUAAUGGCUAUAAAGAAACCCGAUAUUUGCCACACGUGUUUUCAUCAUGUUCCCACUGCGUUUUAUUCGCGGCACACGCGCAAAUUCCGCAAUCCCUCUAUUCCACCCUUUGAAGUUUAUUGCAUCGGGUUUGUGCUUGUAGCUUGCAU